AGUGUAGCCCGUUUGUUCCGCCCGCGUCGCGCCUGAAGCCGGAGCUUGAGAGGGCCGGAAGGGCCGAGGGACGUCUCCUCCGCGCCGCCCCGACUCCAGCGGAGCCGUGGCCGCCUCCCCGCCUCGCGCUGAGAACUGCGGGUACUGAUGGAUGUGGCUGAGAGCCCUGGACAGGACCCUCACUCUCCAGAGGAUGAAGAGCAGCCCCAGGGCCUCUCAGACGAUGACAUUCUGAGGGACAGUGGGUCUGAACAGGAUCUGGAUGCAGCUGGCCGGAGGGCUUCUGACCUGGAGGAUGAGGAGCAUGCAGCCGGGGCGCCAGACCGGGAGGAGGAGGAGGACCACUCUGAAGAGGAGGACUGCGUGAGCGAACCCAAGUCUCAGGCCUCGGAGGCCAAUGAGUUGAGCAGGGGCCCAACCAGCCCCCCAUGCGAGGAGGGGCGUGACGGGGAGGAAGACCGCACAAGUGACCUCAGAGACGAGGCCUCCUCGGUCACCCGGGAGCUGGACGAGCACGAGUUAGACUACGAUGAGGAGGUCCUAGAGGAGCCAGCCCCCGCCACACAGGAGGAUGAGGCUGAGAAGGCUGGGGCUGAGGACGACGAUGACAAGGGCGAGGGUGGCCCUCAGGAGGAGGAGAAGGCUGGUGCACAGAGCAUGGGAGAGAAGGAGCCCCUGGAGGCUGCUAAGGAGAAGAAGAAGGAGGACGACGAUGGAGAAAUUGACGACGGGGAGAUAGACGAUGAUGACCUGGAAGAAGGCGAGGUGAAGGACCCCAGCGACCGGAAGGUGAGGCCCCGGCCCACCUGCCGAUUCUUCAUGAAAGAUGUUGUGACACCAUUAUCCACUCUUCUUCCACCAAUACCAAAUUCCAUGCCCUUCAGAGGCCAGGUUAAAGGGAACUGUACCUGGGGGAUGAACUGUCGGUUCAUACACCCAGGUGUGAAUGACAAGGGGAACUACUCCCUGAUCACCAAAGCCGAGCCCUUCCCGCCCAACGGUGCCCCGCCACUCGGACCUCACCCGCUGAUGCCUGCCAACCCGUGGGGCGGGCCAAUAGUUGAUGAAAUUUUGCCUCCACCCCCUCCAGAGCCCCCAGCAGAGAGUGCCUGGGAACGAGGACUCCGGCAUGCGAAGGAGGUUUUAAAAAAAGCAACCAUUCGAAAAGAGCAGGAGCCGGAUUUUGAAGAAAAAAGAUUUACGGUGACCAUUGGUGAAGAUGAACGGGAAUUUGACAAAGAAAAUGAAGUUUUCCGAGAUUGGAAUUCUCGGAUCCCAAGAGAUGUCAGAGACACAGCACUUGAGCCCUACGCAGACCCUUACUACGACUACGAGAUCGAGCGGUUUUGGCGUGGUGGGCAGUAUGAGAACUUCCGGGUGCAGUACACAGAGGCUGAGCCCUACCACAGCUAUCGCGAAAGGGAGCGGGAGCGCGAGCGAGAGACCAGACAGCGGGAGCGGGAGCGGGAACGGGAGCGGGACCGUGAGCGGGAGCGCCGGCAGAGGGAGCGUGAACGUGAGCGGGAGCGGGAGCGUGACAAGGAGCGGCAGCGGCGGAAGGAAGAGUGGGAGCGGGAGCGAGCCAAGCGCGAUGAGAAAGACCGGCAGCACCGUGAUCGAGACCGUGACAAGGAGCGCGACAAGGAGAAGGAGAAGCCCAAGCCCCGCUCCCCACAGCCACCAAGCCGCCAGGCCGAGCCACCCAAGAAGGAGGCCGCGUCCACAGGGCCGCAAGUGAAGCGUGCUGACGAGUGGAAGGACCCGUGGCGCCGGUCCAAGUCGCCCAAGAAGAAACUCGGGGUGUCGGUGUCCCCUAGCCGGGCACGAAGGCGUCGGAAAACAUCAGCCUCGUCAGCCUCUGCUUCCAAUUCUUCCAGGUCGUCCUCACAGUCCUCGUCCUACUCUGGCUCUGGCUCAUCCCGUUCCCGGUCCCGGUCCUCAUCCUACAGCUCCUACUCCAGCCGGUCUUCCAGACACAGCUCCUUCUCAGGCAGCCAAUCCAGGUCCCGGUCCUUCUCCUCGUCCCCGUCCCCAUCCCCGACACCUUCUCCACACAGACCUUCCAUCAGAACCAAGGGGGAGCCGGCCCCGCCGCCUGGGAAGGCUGGAGAGAAGGCUGUGAAGAAACUGGCCCUGCCUCCAGCCACACCCCAAGCCACCAAAGCCACUGUCCCCGCCCCUGAGCCUGCCAAGCCUGGAGACCCUCGGGAGGCCAGAAGGAAGGAGCGGCAGGCCCGGACGCCUCCCAGGAGACGCACCCUGAGUGGCAGCGGCUCUGGCUCCAGCUACAGCGGCUCUAGUUCCCGGUCCAGGUCCCUGAGCGUGAGCAGCGUGUCCUCGGUGUCCAGCGCCUCGUCCAGCAGCAGCUCUGCACACAGCGUGGACUCGGAGGACAUGUACGCGGACCUGGCCAGCCCUGUGUCCUCAGCCAGCUCACGGUCCCCAACCCCGGCCCAGACCAAGAAGGAAAAAGGAAAAGCGAAGAAGGACGACGGCAUGAAGGAGGAGAAGCGGAAGAGGGACUCAACCACGCAGCCGCCUCGACCUGCCAAGCCCCCAGCUGGUGGGAAGUCCUCCCAGCAGGCCCCCACGCCCCAGCAGGCGCCCCCUGGGCAGCCGCAGGGCACAUUCGUCGCCCACAAGGAGAUCAAGCUGACGCUACUGAACAAGGCGGCUGACAAGGGAAGCAGGAAGCGCUACGAGCCGGCAGACAAGGAUAGGGCGAGCCCGCCGCCAGCCAAGCGGACCAACCUGUCUCCAGACCGAGGUUCUCGGGACCGGAAGUCGGGUGGAAGACUGGGUUCCCCAAAGCCAGAACGGCAGAGAGGCCAGAACUCUAAAGCCCCAGCAGCCCUAUCAGACAGGAAGCGCCAGUUGUCUCCGCAGGCCAGGAGCUCCAGCAGGGUCACCAGCGUGCCAGGCAAGGCCGCAGAACCUGGCACCGGCGCCAAGUCGGGAAAGGCCAGCACACUGUCGCGGCGUGAAGAGCUGCUGAAGCAGCUGAAGGCCGUGGAGGAUGCCAUUGCGCGUAAGCGCGCCAAGAUCCCCGGGAAGGCCUAGCCACAGCCUCCGGCAGGGUAAGCGCAGCCACUCGGAUUUUGCAGUUCACGUCUUAUUUUGGCUGUGAUUCUUUUUAAAAAUUAAAAAAGAAAAAAGUUUCUCAGCUGGAAGGAAGCCACGCUCGAGCAAUGAGGACGCUGCCCCAGCCUCCCUCCCCGGGCAGAUGUCCCGCCAGAUAGACGGACAGGCGGACGGCGAAUCGAGUGGUGGGGCUCGUGUAAUUGACGACUGGCCUCCCUCUGCCCGCCAUCUCUUCGCCCCCGGCCAGGCCCCGGAGCCCUACUGUGCCCUGUCAGCGGCGCAGCUCCGGCCUCCUUGCUGUGUGCAAGAGAAGACUUGGUGACCACCUGCCACCACCACCACCUCGCCACCCAGGAUCAGAAAUAUAUAUAUAUUCCUGACUCAAGUCUGACCAGGAAAACUUUCCUGUCUUUUAUUUUAAGCAUCAAAUUGUUUUAGUUGAUUUAAAAAGAAAAAAAUACAAAAAAGACCAAAAAAAGGCCAAGGGUGUUGUUGGGGCGUCUGUCUAAUGUGGAGGGUCUUUUUUGAGGGGUCUCCUAAAAUAAAAUAUUUUGAUAAGCAGC